AUGAUCCUACGGCAACCAGCUCUUCUGCAUUGUGGUAGUAAGCCUUCCACUCACUGUCAUCGACUAUUACUCCAGUACAAACAAAGAUUUAUACUUCAAAGCCGAACCUUCUUCGACUCGAUACUAUCCUCAGCUUUAGGCCCUUGUCCGCUCCGCACAGUGUCGCAUACAAAGCGUCUUCCUUACUCCCCCAAAGUUAUCUUCAAAGCUGUUUCGGACGUCUCUGGCUACCCAACAUUUUUACCCUUCACCAUCUCGUCACAUGUGACGUCAAGGGACGCAGCUGGGUAUCCGACUCGAGCCAGAUUAAAAGUCGGCUACGAAAAGCUCGGGCUUGAGGAAGACUGGGAUAGUGUAGUGUCCUGUGACCCCGAGAACGGACUUGUUGAGGCGAGAAGUAGCGACAAGAACAGCAAUGGUCUAUUCGAAGUUCUGAACACGAAGUGGCACAUCUCCCAGUCUGGAGGAGGCGAUGACGACCACGCAUCCGUGAAACUGGACGUCCACGUCAAGUUCCGGAACCCAAUCUAUGACCAAUUAUUUUCUCAGGUCGAGGAAAAGGUUGCAAGCACGAUGAUCUCAGCGUUCGAGAAAAGAGUUGAAGAGCUCAAUAAGCGGAGGUAG